AUGGAUUACGAUGCUUAUGGCGUAAAAAUAGCUAUGAAUGAAGUUCUUCUUAUACAAGCUCAAAACACCAAAAUUCCACCGUCGUUUUUUAUUCAAUUUGCACCUUACAAUAAUACACAAACACCAUUGCAAUGUUCCAUUAAUUAUCCAGAUAUAUUAGAAAAUUAUAUUUAUUCGGUUGCUGUCGGGAAGAACCCGAAUCGAAAUCAAACACAAUUUUUCUUUGCUGGUGAAUUGAUUAACAGUAGUAAGGGAGCAUUUAUUGGUGUAGCAAACUCAACCUUGGAACCAUGGCAUGGCAACUUAACAUGGUCGAAUCGUUCUUUUAUACCACAUGCUGUUGAUAUUAGUAACAAUUUUGGCAUUAUUGUAGGCUUCAUUCAAAAUGAACCACAGGAAAGAGUGAAAUAUAGUCCUAUUAUCUAUCUUCUCAAUUUUCUUCUAUCAAAUCAUCGCCCAAUUGUUGUCCAUCAAUAUAUACCAAUCGCUACUAAUGGUACAUGGCAAGAUUUAUUGAGCAAUGCGGAUGCGGAUAUCUAUUAA